GAGAGGGAGAGAGGACAGCGUUUUAUCAGCCAAGUGCAGCCUGAAUCGUGAGGAGCGGACGAUGGGGGGAAAAAAUCCCUCUCCUGUUUCCUUUCCUCCAGCAUCACCUUCAUUAAGAUGUAGACCGGUGCGCGUCCAGAAACCCGGAGCCUGCUGGCCACAGGAGAAUCUUUCUUCCAACAGUUCUUAGUAAAAAACCAAACACAUUUUGGAUUUACGGCUCACUUGUUCUGAACUAAAAGGGGGCUCCUUCAUUUCUUUCUAUGCGUUUGGAGGUGUUGGACCGCAUCUGAGCUGAGUUGUUACCUCUGGAAGUGCACCAGUUUGAUUUCCAAACGCUGGAACGUCAGGAUUCUCUCUCCUUAUGGGGCUUUUGGGAGGACUGGACCUUAUCCUAACGGGACGUAACGCGAACAGGAAUAUAGUGUGAAGGAAGAAAUAAAAGCGCAACGAAUGGGAUUCUUCUUUAACGGGCAAUGGAGAGAGGUUGGAGAGGUGUUGAUCUGCGGCAGCAGGGAGGAACCGGGUCAGAGGAGGAACUGAGAAAAGGUGGAGGAGUUCCAGCAGGAGACUGAGGGUGGACAGGCAGCAGCUGGGUGAUACUCAAGGAGGUAUCCAGGGGCGAGGCCUAGAGAAGCAGUGAGGAUCUGGUAGUACAGAGGACAGACCUCUCUACAUAAUCAACCCUUAAACCAAGAUCGCCACCACGCUGCUACUCCUGCGUCUACAACUCAGAAUGACAGACACUCUUCAGUGAAUGGCGGUUCCACCCCUGAGAAUUGAUGUUUGAAAAUGAGAGUGUUCAUCUUUCCUUCAGAGGAUGCUGAUGGGACCUUUUUGUGGAGUGUUUUCCAUCUAGUGAGGAAUAUUUCUCAGAUGUGCAGGAAGAAAAUGAAUGACUGCUACCGUUCCUCUGGAUGGUUGGAGCUCACUGGGUUAUAAAAAGGGCUGUUAGCAACUGCAACCGUCAUCUGCACAAGUCACCCUGGAUUUUGUUUGUGUUUGCAUCUGCAUGGCAUAAGUGGAAAAGCUUAACUGAACACAUUUUCAUUAAGGAUAAAAAACUAAGCUGAGAACUGGCAAUCAUGUCUCAGUGGAGGCACCACUCAGAAACUUGGAGUGCUCUCUUUCAGACUGCCAGGAACAGGGGCAGGAGGAUGGGAUGUGAACCAAUUAGAAGUUCACUGGGCAUGGGCUUCUGGGUGUUUACACUAACAUGGGUCGGACUGCUGCUUCUGCUGUGUCCGGUUGCCGUGUUGGCCGAGAAACUGGACGAGAAUGACCCAGUGGUCACAACCGCCUACGGCAGGCUGCGCGGCAUCAAGAAGGAGCUCAACAAUGAGAUCCUGGGGCCCGUCAUCCAGUUUUUGGGCGUCCCCUAUGCCACCCCGCCCACCGGCGAGCGCCGUUUCCAGCCUCCAGAGAUGCCAGCAUCGUGGUCAGACAUUCACAAUGCCACACACUUUGCCCCGGUGUGUCCUCAGAGCAUUGUGGAGGGCCGCCUGCCAGACGUUAUGCUGCCAGUUUGGUUCACCAACAGCAUCGAUGUGGUGUCCACUUACGUUCAGGACCAGAGCGAGGACUGCCUCUAUCUCAACAUCUAUGUUCCCACUGAGGAUGGUCCCCUUACAAAGAAACACACUGAUGAUUUAAGUGAUAGUGACCGCACGGAUGAUGAAGAUAUAAGGGAGAGUGGAAGCCCCAAGCCGGUGAUGGUUUUUAUCCACGGGGGUUCUUACAUGGAAGGAACUGGAAAUAUGUUUGACGGCAGCAUCCUAGCCAGCUAUGGGAACGUCAUCGUUAUUACAGUCAACUACCGCCUGGGCGUCCUAGGGUUCCUGAGUACAGGUGACCAAGCAGCCAAAGGGAACUACGGUUUGUUGGAUCAGAUCCAGGCUUUGCGUUGGACCAGUGAGAAUAUAGCAGCGUUUGGUGGUGACCCGCUACGCAUCACCGUGUUUGGCUCGGGUGCUGGGGCAUCAUGUGUAAAUCUCCUCACUCUGUCUCACUAUUCAGAGGGCAACCGCUGGAGCAACUCCACUAAAGGUCUUUUUCAGAGGGCCAUUGCCCAGAGUGGGACAGCUCUGUCCAGCUGGGCUGUCAGUUUCCAGCCAGCCAAAUAUGCACGGAUGCUGGCCCGUAAGGUGGGCUGUAACCUGGAGGACACAGUGGAACUUGUGGUGUGCCUGCAAAGAAAACAUUACAAGGAGCUUGUAGAUCAAGACAUCCAGCCAGCCCGCUACCACAUUGCCUUUGGCCCAGUCAUUGAUGGAGAUGUAAUACCUGAUGACCCUCAGAUACUGAUGGAGCAAGGUGAGUUUCUCAACUAUGACAUAAUGCUGGGAGUGAACCAGGGUGAAGGCCUAAAGUUUGUGGAGCUCAUCGUUGACAAUGACAAUGGUGUCCAGGCCAAUGACUUUGACUAUGCAGUGUCCAGCUUUGUUGAUGACCUUUAUGGUUACCCAGAGGGUAAAGAUAUUCUGCGUGAGACCAUCAAGUUUAUGUACACGGACUGGGCCGACAGGCACAACCCGGAGACCCGGCGGAAGACUUUGCUGGCCCUGUUUACUGAUCACCAGUGGGUAGCCCCGGCUGUAGCAACAGCUGAUCUGCACUCAAGUUUUGGGUCGCCAACAUACUUUUAUGCCUUCUACCAUCACUGUCAGACAGAACAGGUACCACCGUGGGCAGACGCAGCGCAUGGAGAUGAGAUCCCAUAUGUGUUUGGGCUGCCGAUGAUUGGGCCGACAGAGCUGUUUCCAUGCAACUUCUCCAAGAAUGAUGUGAUGCUGAGUGCUGUUGUCAUGACCUACUGGACAAAUUUUGCCAAGACCGGGGACCCAAACCAACCUGUACCACAAGACACCAAGUUCAUCCACACAAAGCCCAAUCGCUUUGAAGAAGUGGCGUGGACACGCUACAACCAGAAGGACCAGCUUUACCUGCACAUCGGCCUGAAGCCUCGGGUCAAAGAGCACUACCGGGCAAACAAGGUCAACCUAUGGUUGGAGCUGGUUCCUCAUCUACACAGCCUCAAUGAGGUCACCCCACUCAUCCCUACCACUACCAAGAUUCCUCCUCCGGAAGCCACUAACCGCACACCAAAGACCAAAGUUCUGGUAACCAAGCGCCCAAACCCAACUCCGUUCCCCACUGAGACACAAGGCAGCCACAACCAGCCUCACCUGGUGGACCAGCGGGACUACUCCACAGAACUUUCGGUGACUAUUGCUGUCGGAGCUUCUUUGCUUUUCCUCAACAUCCUGGCCUUUGCUGCUCUUUACUAUAAAAAGGACAAGCGGCGGCAUGACGUCCACCGGCGCUGCAGCCCCCAGCGGAGCGCCGCCAACGACCUGGCUCACACUCAGGAGGAGGAGAUCAUGUCUCUGCAGAUGAAGCAGCACUCUGACCUGGACAGGGACUGCAGAGGGGUGGGGGACUCCCUCCACCCACAUGACAUGGUCCUAAGGACUGCCUGCCCCCCAGACUACACCCUGGCUAUGAGGCGCUCGCCAGAUGACAUCCCGCUCAUGACACCAAACACCAUAACCAUGAUCCCCAGCACCAUGGGAGGCCUCACCUCACUCCACUCCUUUAACACAUAUCCCAGCAGUGGGCAGAACAACACUCUGCCUCAUCCGCACCCACACUCACACUCCACCACCCGGGUAUAGCCCAGUGGAUGGACCCGUACAGGCAGGACUCUGGCGGCUAAGGCAACAAGCUAACUGCAGCGCUGCAGCGGAGAGUUCAGUCCGACCUGCUGAAAAACAGACCUUUCAGGAGUUAAACCGCCGGCCCGGAGAUGCCAAACACAGAUGGAAUUACACUGGAAUUAUACCACAUUCUGUUAAUACCGGAGGAAAUAUGAUAAAAGGUUUCAGAUGCUUUGGAUCAAAGGAUCAAAACAUAAUAAUAUUAGUAAUUAUGGUUUUGUAGGAAAAAAAAAUGGAAAGACAUGAGGGGGCAUAAAGGUUAUAGCAGAACAACGUCUCACAACCUGAAACAUUUGAGAAAGAUAUUUUUUAUCAUUAUUUUUUGUUCUGGUAUUACAGCAACAAAAAGGAACAGUGAAACACUUUUUCUCUCUAGCGACAGCUAUGGCCUUCGGGAUUUUCUGACAAACGACUGCUUGACAGUAUUAUCUGGAAGCAGCGCGGAGCAUCAGACACGCCUUGGAGGUGAGAAGAGGGGAGCACUUUGUAAAGGAAAGAAAACAUAUUGUUUUCCUUUGGCAUUACUCUGCAGAACACUCUGUUUGUGGGGCACAAAGUAGAUGCCGUGCAAACCAAUCGAGGCAUGUCUGAGGGUCGUAAACGGAGGCUGUGUAAGAUAAGCCAAAAGCAGCAGAGUAAACCGAAGGACUGAAAACUUUAAGAUAAAGCGACCCUGUAUGCACAACAGAACCAUUUUGAGGAGAAAAAAAUAUCUUGCAAAUACUUUUCAUCCUUUUAUUUUUGAUUGAAACAAUUUUAUUGUAUAGGACCUAUUUACAUAUCUAAGCACCAAGGCUGUUUAAGCCCACUUCUCUUGGGCGGGGUGUUCACACUGCAACCUGCCAGUUGGACCGGGACGUAGGAAGUGAGAAUGCACCGAGCGGCUUUCUGGCAGUUCCAACUUCAACACAGAGAGCUGGGGGGACAAAGGAUAAUUGGGAUAUUUUAGCACGAUGCGCAUGACAAUUUACCUGCUUGAUGGCUGCUCUGCUGAUUAUGUCAUUAAUAAGAAUAAUUUUCACCCUGUUCUUUGUGUUGGAGAGAUUCAAGACCUAUUUCCUUAUUGGAUUACUAGAAAACACAAUGCUCUCACGGAACCUUGGGAAAUGCAGUCCCGGUUUGUGGCUUGGUUUGUGGAUGUCACUGGAUGGAUUUAGAUAGUAAAACAAAACAAAAAAAUUUGGGGGUGGGAAAAGAUUUCUUGCAUAACAUAAUAUAGCUUGAGUGGGCUGGACGUAUAAGGACUAGUUUUGUACUCUAUGUGUUGGUACUACUUUUUGAUAGUGGGUAAAUCGCAUUACAUUGUAUCAAUCAAACCCAUUGUACCUUCAGUUGAAAUCAAUGUUUUUUGCUGUUCUACCUAUUGAAGAACCGGACCGGACCGUAUCAAAGUAAUUACCUGCACUGUUUAUUCCAUUGACCUCUCGUCACCCCAAUGCCCCCCAAAAAUCGACACUUCAAGAUAAAAAAGUAACACGGUGGACCCAAUUGGUACGGAAAAUGGAGGGUGAAAUGAUUGAAAAAUAUAAAGAAGAAUUCCAUCUCCAGGCGAUGUAGAUUUGCUAAUGAUUUAUCCAACAAAGCUCUGAACUCCAGAGCUACUUAAACAUGACUGCCUAUAGAUGUUUAAUUCAAGAUAAAAGCCAGACAGAUCACAUGGGGUGGGAGUCGACGGAAAUGCACAGCAGGAGCCUGAGAGGAAGAGCGAGUAUCAGGCUGGGUCAAUUCCCACGAUGCACUUUUUAUGUAGUUUUCAUCAUUAGCCAAGUUGAAUCAAGUUAGGUGGUGCUUUGUGUUGGAGAGAUGUCGGUGUGUCUGCCAGUAAAGCAGGAUGAUCAAAAGCAAAAAGUCUUACCUCUUCAACUUAAUGUCUUUUUUUGCUUUUUUUCCUAUAUACACACACAGUGCUGUGCUCCAAAUGUCUGCCAUGGUGUCAGGGUUGAUAAAAGGUACCCACUUCUUUAAAAGGGCAGCUCAGGUUCUGUUAAAAGCUUAUACGCAGUUAAUGUUUUAUGCACAGCACAUGAAUCUCUUACCCUCUUAAUUAAGCAUGAACCAAAAUGAAGAGCCUGAUGCUGAUGGCUGAUCCAAAAGGAGCCAAGACUGAGGUGGACAUCUACUGUCCUAACACAACCCUAAUCUAGAAAACGUCACAGCAGUUCAAUAGUGGAUAUUUAUGUAAACAGAAGCCAGUAGAUACGUUUCCAUCCAAAUAUCAUGCAUAUUUUAAGCAAACUUUCAAAAUGUUGCUGACUAAAAAAGACAAAGGAAAAGCAAAUUAGGUGUGUUUGCUUUUUCUGGUUCGCAGGUUGUGUAGCCUGGUUGUGAUUCCAUAAGAUGUUGACGACACAUGUAACAAACAGAAAGUAGAAGCUGAAAACUAGCAUGGACCACACAUCUUAGAGAAAUGAACCGAGGCUUUCAGGAGUUUGCUGCUAUCGGACAAGUUCUAAUUGUUCUGUAAUGCCAACUAGCAUUGGUGAUGUUGCAAUUCUAAUGCACAAUGACAGCAGAAACAGCUGAUCAGUCCUGUGAGGGAAAUGUUUGCUACAUCUGAACUUAUUCAACAAAUGUGUCUCCUUCUCUCCUUUUGCCCAUUAACUCAGAAAAGCCAAAAGCCACAUUUAGUCGUUUCAGUCAACCUUUUAAAUGAAAUACUUCAAAAUUCACAUAAAAAAUGGUUGCUGUAAUCACAGCCUGUGAUUGUUUACACAGUAAAUAGAGUUGGGAUGGUUUGUACACGUGAAAAUCACUGAGCACCAAACAUCUGAUUUGUGACUGGUCAGAGUCCUGAUCUGAAAGUAAAUCAGUGUGAAAACCAGCAGACUUGUAUGAUUUUUACCUUUCACAGUAAUUCAUGUUUUUUUCUUUUUUAACUUUAUUUUAAGAACAUAGAAGCAGAAGUCUGUGUUGGUCUUGGUAGCUCUCAGGACGUUUUCAACUUUCUGAACCAGCUAAUCUGCACGUCUAUUAAUUGAAGACACCAAGAAAAUUUCUAACUGCAAUUGGAUUUUUAUUCCUUCCUUUUGGAAUAAGUUUAAUCUUUUUAAAAUUUUACUUGCUGUUUUUCAUCGUGUUUAGUGUUUCUAUUUUCCAUUCGUCCAUCUUGAGGUUGCUGCUUUGUAUUUUAAGUUCCCGUAAGGAUAAUUUAAUCAACCUUUUAGUAACUAUUCUCUUUCUAAUCUUAAGGUUUCUUGGAAUAGGUAUGACGUACAUUCAAAAUGUUUUGGCUUAACUGACUAGCCGACUUUCAGGUAAAUAAAAAAAACAAAACAAAAAAAACGAUGGUUUCUGUUUGCUGAGUCACUUCCAUGAAGGCCAUCAGCUGAUCUGUGACCGACAAUAACUUCACCGUCUUUUCUUCAAAUGAUAUUCUUAGCUACUGAAAGAGCUAUUCAUGAAAAUCACCACAUUACUCUGUAUGUACUAUUUUUAUUACCAAUAUAUCUACUGUCUUAGAGAAUUUAUGUUUGCCUGUAGAAAUUUAUUUUCUAGAAAAAGUCACCAAAGGAGCUAAUCCUGCCAUUAACUUGGUUCUCAGAUUAAACUGGAGCAUUGAGUUUGAACUUGUCUGUAUGAUUGGAUGGGAUUGAAUUGACAAUAUGUUUGUAUAAAGAACUAUAUAUUCCUCUUGUAAAGUCCAUUGAGAGAGCAUGUGUUGUAAAUCAGGUCAAAACAUUCUGAACUGAAUCCUGAUGCUAAAAGAUCCACAAGGAUUCAAAACAUGAUCAGUUGACCAGUCAGCCUUGAGCUAAAUUGUAUUUAAAGAUUUCUUUAUAUGAAAUGUUUUCUUUAAAAAAAACUUUGCUCAAAAGGGUUAAACAUAUUUAUUAUAAUAGUUUUAGUUAGCAGAGCUGUUACAAGUUCAUUUAAUAAAUAUUUCUGGCUAUUUUCUUGACAUCCAGAUUGUGAGGAAUUACGGAGGAGCUUGUUUCUGGGUUCAGGUUUAUCACCAUUCAUUUGUUGCAGUUUAAAUUCCUGAGACAUCAAGAGUUCCAGAGUGAGCAGAGUUUCCACCCGAAACGCAGCGCUCCCCCUCCCCAACAUGUUUCUUCAUGUCAUUUAGCCAGCUGCCUAAAUGAAGGGAAUUCUCCAAAAGUUUGUUUUAAAAAAUACAUGUUUAUCUUAAUUUUUCUUGGAUUGUUUGUUUUGGAAGGCAUCUUAGUAAA